AUGAAGGGCGAUUGGCCAGCAUUAACGAAAUUGGGGAACCUUCGCAGACACCAUCUUCGUGUCACGUGGACAUCUGAUGCUGGUGCCGGGAUCUGCCAUUACUGCAAGGCAGGAAUGCCCGGAAACGCGGACUGGCACAACCUGUCCUUCCGAAACAUGGCCGCUAUGAGAAUUGAUGCCCCGGCUCCGUGGUCCCCUCCGCCAGCGCUUAUCAGAUAUGUGCCGCACAGCAUGUCACAGGCGCCCUACUUCUUCCGCAUUGAUCUGUUCCACCUUAUGCACAAAGGCGUCCUUGCAGACGUCGCUGCAAACGCAAUCGUGUCCUGCUUUGAUUAUGGGCUGUUUGGCUGCACAAACCUGAAAAUGCUGAUGGCCUUCGUCUAUGAUGAUGCAAAGCAUUUCUGCCAGCAGAACCGGCUUGAGCUGCAUAUGUCGCAAUUGACAACCAACCAACUGGGGUUGACGCGAACCACCGACUACCCGACAGGGUCAUGGUUCAAAGGCAAUGACACCCGCUCGCUUACCAAGUAUAUGGAGUGGAAGCUGACACACACCCUUCAUGAACUGUUUGGCCCCACUCUCGAGUAUUUUACUGAAAUCGUGGGGCUGCUAUCUUAUGGCAACAAGUUCAUGCACCUGCUUUACAAUGCUGGUUUGUGGCUGUCAACGCGGCAGCGCGACGACAUCAUUUCGUCUGGGGACAAGUUUGUGGCCUCGUUCAUGUCUCUGGCCCAAACUGCAUACGACAAUGAUCUAU